UUGAAAUGAGUGCACCAUAUUUUACAUGAAGAGAAAAUAGAUGUUAGAUUAUGUUUAGACUCCCCCACCACUAAGUAUAUGCCAAUUGGAGAGUGGCCCAGUUGGUAUAUAGAUGGAUGUGAGGACAAACAGUGCAGAAUAUUUAUAAGUUGGAAUUUCUUCGGUGAUUGGACUUUUCAUUUAAGCAUCAUUUCCUUUUUGGCACUAUAAAUUGAAUUAUGUAGCAACUCAAGUGUAUCAUUAGAAAGAGAAGAGAAUGGAGGUAGAGGAGGGCGAUUUCAAUCUCAAGGAAUGGGGUGUUAGAGCAAGAAGGAUCAGCCGCGAAAACACCAAAUCGAGAAGAUUCUCAGCUUCAAAUUUGAAGAGUCUGAGAGAAGAAGCAGCCUCGUUUCGAUCAAACGGCACCGUUUCCAGCACUGCUUCCUCCCCUGGGUACACCGUCGUCAGAGAGGAGAUCGACCCUUCCACAUAUUCCUUCACAACUGCGCUCAGAGCAUUGCAAGCAAAAACAGUGUACACAUGGGAGGUGCAGGGUCGAGAUGGAUUGACUCUGAACUCGAAAUGGAACGAAGCAGAAAAAUACAUAAGCAAUCCUCUUUCAGGGGAAGUCCCUUUGGAGUGUUUAUCGGCAAAAACACUAAGCGGCAGAUCCUUCCGCAGAAUGACCAUGUCUGCGCCGCUCAUCUACCCUUCUCAAAUGCACCACUUCCCUCCCAACAACGAACACGAACACGAACACGACAUCACAUCCACCGAGAAGAUUAAGAAGAUGAGGACGCGUGACGUGGGGACUCAAAGCACGCCUAUAGAUCUGAGCUCGAGCAGCCCGAGCCCUGCGCCCACUCCUUCCAUCGAAGAAAGAUCCAUAAAGAUGAGGAGUGAGGCAGAAGCUGGAGAUUCGUCUGUUUCCUUCAAAUCGGACACAGAGGUAGAAGUGAAGGAAACAGGAGAGAGAGAAGAAAAUGGAGGAGAGAGAAAGAAGCAAUGGGGGAUGGGAUGCUACUGCGUAUCGUUGAGGGGUUUGUGGAUGAGAACGCAAAGGCAGAAAGAGAAACACAAAAUGAGAACAAACAAUACCACCUUUCUUCACCAACUCAAUGCCUAGCCCUAGCUGCUCCAAACAAUCAAUCUUUGUCACAAAAUAGAAAGAUUCUCCAUUGCCUUCAACUCUUCUCCUACUUACCUUUUUCAUAUUGCACAUUAAUUAUUAUUCCCUCAUCAUUAUAAAAAUGAAAAUCAUUCAUAUUAUCCAUGUUAAUUAUAUAUGUCGAUCGGCGUACGUAAAUAAUGUUUACCAUGUAGUAUUUUUAUAUUAAAAUUAAAUAUAUUACACUGUAAAAAAAAUACAACGACAGGUAUACAGCAAAAAUACAAACAGGAUAUAUAUAUAUAUAACAACACAAGCAUAUGAAACUGAUGAGAAUAUUAUCACUUUAUACUCUUUGCUUCAAUUAAUUCUUAUGAUCUCUUGUUUCUACCUACUUUAAUUCUACAUAAGUUUGCACAUGUUUAUAACUAGUCCACACAAAAAUAUAUAGUAGUAAUUAAUUAAAAUUGGAUUUUUAAGUAUAAGGAGUGUGUAUAAUAUUUGAGUUGUGCAUGGAACUUGCUGAUGUAUGAAAAUCAAUCCCAAUAACUUUUUAGAGGUGGUGGAAAAGUCACUUGCUCAAACAUGAUCCCUUGCCAUAUAUAUAUCGCGGGAUUUUGUGAGUUAUGAACGCAAAUUCAAAUACCCCUCAAAGUUAUCACAUUAUUCACAUGGGGCCAGCUUUGUCAUUUUCCUGUUUUUUUAUUCACAGGGACUCCAUAUAUAAAACUAUCCACUAAUAUAAAAAAACUUAAAAAUUAACCAAAUUUUGUAUAAGAAGAUAAUUUUGCCUCUAUCAUUAAUUUUUUAAUACAACUAUCUCUUCCGAUCUCUUUCUGCUCUCACUCAACGAAGUCCAGAGCGCAGACGACUGCGUCGAGGAGGCCGAGGACUACCUCGAUUCCGUGAUGUAGAGCGCCAUGGCGGAGGUCCGACUCUUCGAGGAGGAGAUGAACCAGACCUGCAAAGCUCCGAUUUUGGCGUAAGACGGCGGCAGAAUACGUCGAUUUCGAAUCACAAUAAUUAUCUGCAGAUGAAGUCGUCGUGAUUCUGAAAAGGCCGAUGCUGCUCUUCUCUGAUUCAUCGUCGGCGGCGCUUGUCUUGGACUUAUUUUUCUUCUUCUAAUUCAUCCAGUUGAAGAGGGAAUUGAGGAAGCUAGCGAGCCUUACUUUCGUCGAUUUUCAAUGAAAGUGAAUCUCGCAGCUUCCGGAGGCAUUCAACCCUGAUUUCCUUUCAGAAGGGAAAUGGAAAUUGGCUUACUUUGAUUUGUAGGCCGAUUUAUUGUAGGAAUUGAAUUUGAUCUGAUCGUGUCAUCCAACGAUCGUCGAUCGAUUUUAUAGUAUUUGAGAAGGCGAGAGAUGAUCAAUAAAAAUUGGGGGAUUUCCGAA